AUGGAGGGCGGUGGUGACCUGACGGGGGGGGUGGCGGAGGGCGACAGCUCCUUCUCCCACCCCUUCUCCCAUGUUCCUUUACUACUUUACCACACAAGAAACCUGGACAGGCUGGGUGGGAACCUUCUUCCGGGCCCGGGCGAGAGCGGCGACGGACCGAUGUCUGCCGACCUCGAGGGCGUCAGGAAGCCUGGGCCCGCUGGCUUCCCCCAGGAGGGGGUACCUGGCAGCGAGGUAGAACUGCGACAGCACAUCGACUACCUGGCAGGCACGAUCGCCCACUACCGGAACUGGAUGGAUCAGUUGUUGGCGCGUUACCAGCUGGUGAACCCCGAUGCCGCACGCCCGGCCAAACGCAUCUACAUCGGCAACCUGCCGGCGACCACGCACGAAGCCGAGCUCCGACACUUCAUAAACAACCUCAUCAGCCAAGUGAAGGGGUGUGCGGGGCCGGGCUACCCCAUCAUCUCCUGCAAGCUGUUCCCGAUGCACCCCGGCGCCUCCGAGGGCGGGCUCACAGGCCUGCACAUGGCCCAGAACAACGCCGACAGGACGUACGCCUUCCUGGAGCUGCGCAGCAUAGAGGAGGCCUCCAACCUCAUGGCCCUUGACGGGGUCAUCUUCCAUGCCAACCCCCUCAAGAUCCGCCGCCCAAACAACUACGACCCUGGGCUGGCCAUCAUGCUGGGACCCGUGGAUCCCAACCCGUGCAUGGACCUGCCGCGCAUGGGCAUCAUCCGCACCAUGGUGCAGGACACGCCGAACAAGAUCUUCAUCGGCGGGCUGCCCUGCGAGUGGUUUGAGGAACAGGUGGGCCUGGUGCUGGGAUGCUGGGGCAGCCGAAGAUGGUGCGCCUCAGAUGGGCUUGUGUAG